AGACAAUUUAGUGCGCCGUAUUAUUAUGGAAAAUAAAUGCCUGGAACGUCUAAAUCUCAGAAUGUAUUUCCACAGAAUCUAAAUCUAAAAAUCGUAUUUGUCCGGAAAGUAUAAUUCCAGAAUCCAAGCAUAUAAAAAUCUGAAUAUGCACCUAUAUCACCGAAACCAGAACCGACGAAAAAUACAGGGAGCACAGAUUUAUAUCUGGAGUGGUACUAUGCAAGAGGCGACAUUUUCUUGGUGUAAGAAGGUAAAUUUAAUAAUGGUUGAAAUACUUGAAAGAACAUUUGUACAAGUAUAAUACAAUACAAAUUAAACUUUUAAGGUAAAUUUUUAAACCAAAAUUAUUCUAAUUUUAAAUAGAUAGAUUAUACGUGGUUAAUAGAUUAUAUAUUUACUGAGUUUGGGAAAGUCAACAAUAUUGAUUCUGAUCUACUCAAAUUGAAUCAAUGAUUGCAGAAAUAUCAAAAGCCAUUUUAAAAGUGUUCUUCAAAAUGUGCAAGUAAAUUAAAUUAGAACAUUAAUAAGCACACAUUAAAUUAUUUUUAUACAGAAAUUAUAAAUAAUUAGUUUAGGUAUGAUAUGUUCAAAUAAAUAUUCAAUCUUAAAUUAAAUAUGUUUUUAAAAUUAUUUACAUUAUACAGUUUUUAUUAAUUAAAUAAAAAUUUUAAAUAAUUGACUCAUGACGUUCCUGCAAUCAUCGAUUUGAUUGAAUUAUUACAUUAUAAAAUUUGGUUUUCGAAUUAAUAAUUAUGGAUACCUAUGUAGAAGGCGUAUCUUUAUUCUAUAAUAUACUUAAUAUCAAUACUAUUAUUAUUAUUAUACUAUUAUUAGCUCUGUCGUGACCCAUAGACCCAUGGAAUAUUUUUACAAACAGUAGCUGAAAACUCACAGAUAUCCAUGUUAUAGCAUAUGAAUUACAAUAAAGACACAAAACUAAAAUAAUUAAAGCAUUAUUUUUGUAAAUUUUCACGUUUCUGGUUUUUCCAAUUAUAUUGAAAUUUAUUUAGAAAAUCAAAAAACAAAUUGAUUUACUAAUGAUGAUAAUCACAAUGACUGAUUUAUCGUAAUCAUAUCAAUGAAUAAAUAAUUGUGAUCUGUGACGGACUAGACGUAUAAUAUACAGAUUGAUACAUUUAAUAAACCAUCAUCAUUGGGGGAUAUUAUUCAGAAUAUUAUUGUAUUACCUAGGUCUUCUUAUUUUAUUAUAUAAUUUAUUUUUAGAUAAUCGGUAAUAUGCACGGCGGCUGUGACGCCGCCGGAUGUUCGUCGCGUAAUCGCGUUUAUGCACUCGCAGGCACAUAUCGUAUAUACAAAUUUGAAAAAGUAUUCUAUUAUUUUUCGGAUAGAAACAUCUCGGCUGUGAGAAAAUUGUGAGACUCAGGCUAGUGCGAUUUUAAUUCUGUGAAAAUCCUAAUAUUUCUUAAUAUCUCCUCUAGAGAAUGGUCACGGAGUUUUUUUUUUAGAAAUAUGAUUUAAUUCAAUAGAUAUGAAAUGAACAAAAAUGUUGAGAAAACUGAAAUUUUUAUAAUAUUAUAGUAUUGUCAAAAUGUCGAGUCUUGCGGGUGAGCAGUCCGCUUACGGUGGACUGGAUAUAGUAUAACGUAUUUGGUACAGGAGAAAUUAAGAUAUAGGAGUGGUAGGUAGAGAAUAUUUUAUUUUAUUUUAAUAACAAAUAUCUGUUUUUGUCGGCAAAGAUAUUCAAAAUAUCAUUGCUAUUAAUAUUUUUGAACAUGUUUUUUUCAAUAUACAGUAUAGAAAGAUCGCUUAAUCUAUCUUGAAACAUCGAUGUCUUUAGUUAAGUUUUUAUUUUUCUCAUUAAACUGAAACUUCGAUCAUGAGUAGCCGAACUGAUUGAUAUCGUUAAUGCUAUUGUCAAUAGUUUAUGACAAGGCGUCUAUUGAAUAUCCACGUCUCGCGUAUUCGUAAAUUCAAUGAAUUUGGUUACCACUAGAUUUGAUUGUUUUUAAAUAAACUGAUGGCCAUUGUCUAUGAUUUUAAAUAAUAUUUUAUUUGCGUCAUUUUUUGGUUAAAUAUUAUUUUACAAUUUUCAAAAAAUGAACGGAUAAUUAUUUAAAAAAAUAACAGUAAUAAUAACAUUUCGAAUAAAGGUUCGAUUUUGGGGGUCUGUUAAAAUAUUUGGGGGAAGCUAAGAUUUUCUCCGGAUUUUUCUCAACAAAUGUGAAAAACCAAAAAAAACGGUAAAUGUAAGAAAUGUAGGUAUUAGCUAAACAUAUUAUGGCCUUAUUUUCCUGUGGACAACUUUCCUGAAAGGAAAUUUCACUGGGGAGGUAUUGCAAUUUUCAAAAGGCAUCGGUCAAUCAAAUUGUAUGUCUAGUGGCUAACAAUUUUUAUUAAGAAAAAAAUUUCUUAUGCAUUGUGUAUAACAAAAUAUUAUUCUCUAUCAUUUUUGUUAUUUUAUAUACUAACACAUCAUAUAUUUUGUUAAUUACCUAACUAUUUGGCUGCGUAAUCCAGGCCUGAAUAAUAAUUCUGUAGUUAAAUUUAAAGGUACUGAAAAUAUCGUACAUUAUUAAUUUUAAAUAGAAAAUACAGACCUUUUUAAAUUUUAUAAAUAUUUGAGGGGACUCACCUUUCCCCCUCCUAUUUAAAGGGGAUUUUUUUGAUUCAUUAUGUGGCACCGAUCAUUAGUUAGGCUGCCGCUGCUAAUGAAGUCUAGUCACACCUAUAAUUAAUACAUAUAAACUAUUAAAGAAAAUAUUAAAAAACACGAGGAUACGAGGUUACAAUCGUAAUGCGAAAUUUCCUCCAAUAUUUUGAUAUCUUUUGUUUUGAUUUCAUCAAUGAUUUUAGAACCAUAUGUAAUUAUUUUAUCAUACUAAAGAAGUUCCCGAUUAUAUCUGUAUAAUCAAGUAUUCUAUAGCUGUAGGUGUUUAAAUUACAAUUUUAAUUUCUAAACACGUCUAAAUACAUACAUUUACAUUCAAUAUUUACAAUAUUAACCACGAAGAAAAUGGCGGCUGGCGUCGCCCGUUAAAUGGAAUUCGCCAUCUAGUAAAAUAUAGAUAUUUGUGGUUGUAGAUACCACGAAUUAAAAUAUUUUAAUUCAUGAUAAAUACUCAAGGUGUAUUUAAACAGAUAGACAUAAUAAAUAGUAUUAAGGUCAAUGAUUUAAAUAAAAAUAAAUACACCUUAGUUAAUACCACUGUCUUAGAUACUAUUCCAUUAUCAUUUUUAUGACAACUAGAUAGAUCCGGUGGGCGUGACCAAGCAUUGACAUUUUCCAUAUCAUAUUCCAAAGACGUUCUACAUUUGAUAUAGAAUUCUUAGAAUUGAGAUGGGUUAAUCUGAAUAAUCUUAUUACUGAUUAGAGCUGGAUAACUUUUGUUUUUGAAAAAAAAUUAUAUUUAAGUAUUACAUUUGUAUAUUAUUCAAAUAUUUCUUUGAAGUCUGUAUAAAUUGGUGCUUUCCAGUGAAAUGAAAUGAACUCACUUUAUUUUAUACAAAUGUUAAUCAAAUCAUAUGGUUUAUUGAAAACUGUAUCUAAUUCAAUUCAAUAUACAAUCACUAUCUUUGUUAAAAUCUAGGUAUUUAUACAUUAACACUAUAAUUGAAUAAUACAUUAGAACACAGAACGAUACUCAUUAUCUGAUAUAAUAGUUAUUUAGAAAAUUUAAUAUUAUAGUGCUCAUUGUAUGGGAAAAAAAAAUGUCUGUCAUAAAUAUGUAAUUAGGUAAAUCUAUCUGUACAAUGUACACUUUAAAAAUAUAUUUAGGUAAAUAUUCAUAGAAUCAUAACAAUUUAAUAUAUUUAAAAAUAAUACUAUAAAUUAUUAAUUCAAUAUAUUAUUUAAAUUAUUCAAGUAAAUCCUAGACACUUGUUGUUUCCUAAGUACCUUCUAUCAUAAUUGUAUAGAAUAUUAGGAAAAUGUUAACAUAACUUACAUUUUUGCUUGUGUUAAGUAUCAUAAAUAAGUUAUUAUUUUUAGGGAACAAAUGGAAGUAUUAUGUUUUAUAUUGAAUCAAUAUAAAAGUCAUGCUUUUCAAUAUUAUCUUGUAAAUCAAGAUCAGCAUAACUCGUAAUCAUUAUUGUUACUCAAAUAUUUGUCAAGGAAAAUAACCUAAAAUGGGAACAUUGCAGUAUUCUUCUUAUUCAAAAGUAAGUUUUUUUUAUAGAAAUAAUAUUAGAUACUAAUAUUUAGAAUUUUAAAUCUUAAUAAUAAAAUAGUUGUAUUAUAGUCUUAAUACUAUGAAGGUGCAACACCUACGUUUGUUUUCUUUAUCUUAUAUACAUGUAUCAAAAAAAAAAAUUGUUCUUAAAAUAUAAGUUCUGGGUUAAAAAUUAAACUGUAUGCAGAUUAGACCUAUUGCAAUAUUUUUAAAAUAUUAUUUAUAUAAUAAGUGGUAUGGAGAUUUUUAAGUCAAUUUUAAGUUCUUGAACCAUUAUUUGAAUCGCUAUUAACUUUAUUUUUAAGCAUAUCUAUAUUGGAAUACAAAUCAUAAUUGCUUAUCUUACUUUAAUGAGUAGCAUUAUCUAUGAUCAUUAUAACUAUCAUUUUUAAUACUCACCUUUUUUUUUUUUUCUAGUGAUUUAAUGAAUUAUGUUACAUGUUUUUCUAUAAAACAAAUGUAAUGAAUUGUUCUUCUUUAAUGUUACAGAAACAUAAAUAAUUGGUGAAUUUUCAGACAUCUCUCAAAAUGAUGCCCGAACAUAAUCUGUUAAGUCGGAACUCUGAAGGAAGAUCUUCUGGUAGCAGUAUAGUUAGCAAUGGAAGUAUGCGAAUGGCCACUUUACCUAUAACAUCAAUCGAUGAUGGAAAAUCGAGAUUUCCAAAAUUAGAAGAAUGUGCCCAUUUCCACUAUGAACAUGUUGAACUUGGAUCAUUGAAAGUUAGUCAUUUUAAAGUAUUAUUAAUUACAUUUGAUUUAUUAUUCUCAAGUUUUAAUAUUAUUGUUUUUAAAACUCAUAACUUUUUGUUUGGUGGAAAUAAAUUAAGUUUAAUAUUAUAAAAAGUUAAAAUAAACUUAACUUAUAAAAACAAAUACAUUUCUGUAGUUUGACUUAAUUGAAGAAGAUGAACAAAAAUUUGGAAACAUUGAUAAUGAUAAUGAUUAUUGGUUAACUAUUAAAGUAGAGUCGCAAAAUACUACUUGGGUAUUACGACGAUCUUAUGAAAAUGCUAGAAUUCUAGACCAUCAGUUACAUAAAUGUGUUUAUAACAGAAAAUUUAGUCUACUUCCAGAACUUCAACCUGUUCCAAGUCAUUGUGAAAAUCCUAAUGUUAGUGGUAUAAUAAUUAUUUUAUUUUCUAUUAUGUGAAAUGUCCACAUUUUUUUUUUUUUACUUUUUAGGAAUAUGUAAAAGAAUUGAUAAGUAAAUAUUGCAAAAGGUUGUCUCAAAUAGCAGUAGAAAGUUUGAUUAAUUGUGGACCUAUACUCAGUUGGCUAGAACUUGACAAUCGUGGUCAUCACCUUUUAGUUGCUGAUGGAGAUCACUGUGCAAUAAACACCCCUGCUGUUGCUGCAGCUUAUUCAAUUAGAAAAUACACUGCACAUGCUUCUGAUGAAAUUUCAUUUAAUGUAAAUAUACUUGUUUUUGAAAUUACAUUACAGAUUUAUUUUUAUAACAUUUUCCUUUUAUUAAUUUUUAUUUUUCUAGGUUGGUGACAUAAUUUCUGUUAUUGACAUGCCGUCACCCGAAGAAAGUGUCUGGUGGAGAGGUAAACAUGGUUUUUUAGUUGGAUUUUUUCCAUCAAACUGUGUUGCUAUUAUAACAGACAAAGUACCAAGAAAUCUUCCAUUUUCUGAACCAACGAAACCAGUAUUAAGGUAUGAUUAUUUAUUAUUUAAAAAAAUUUGUUCGUGAAAACAAUCUAUAACUUUUGUUUAUUAAUGUUUAUUUUCUUCUUCUUUUUGUUUGUUUUCAUCCCAAAUAUUUAGAGUUAGCCAGCCUUAUUCUAAACUUCCACAUGACCCCUUUCCCUACCUUGCACACACCAGCUAUCCUGCUAUUUGUCUAUUACUUAUCUACUAUCGAAGUCAUGCCUAAGUUCCCAAUUAUGUACUCAUUCUUUAUCCUAUUUUCUUUCAUCAUUCCACUAAUCUACCUAAGCAUUCUUAUCUCUACAAGAUUUAUACUCUGUUCUAUUUUCUCUAUUCUCUCUACUGUCUAACACUCAGAAUUAUAUAACAUAGUCAUUCUCAUCACACUUUUGUACAUUUUAUUUUUAAAUUUUAUUGGAAUCCUCUUGUUACAUAAAACACCUGACACAUCUAUUUACUUUAUCCAAUUAGACUUAAUCCUAUGUUUUUCAUCCUCAUGAAAGCCACCAUUAUUUUGUACAAAAAGCACUUUAAACUUUCAACCUUGCCUAUUACCUCUUAUUGUUGUUUACUAUCUUAUCCUGUUCUUCUAAACUCAUAUUCUGUUCUACUUCUACUUAUACUUAGUUUCUUUCUUUCAAAUGGUAUUCUCCAUUCUUCAAGCCUAUUGUUAACUUCAAAUUUUCUCCUAUCAAAGCUAUAUCAUCUGCAAACAUCAUGUACCAUGGUAUUUCCUCUCACCUGUUCUCGCGCACAUCCAAGAUGGGAUAAUCUGCCAAAUUCAUAGAACUGCUCAUACUUUUUAGAAUUAAUUUUAUACUGGCUGUCGACCUGACACAAUCCUAUUUGUCACUCCUUACGAAUAGGUAGAGAUACAGUGGCAGUAUUCUGAUGCCCUUCCAUAAGAAGAAUGGUAUUGUCAACUAAUGGUAAAGUAAAUUUCUGCACCCUUUAGGAACAAUACCAUUUGCCUACUGGAAUUGCUUACUAGUAGGAGCUCAGGACCCCUAAUUUGCUAAACUCAUAACAUCAUGUGUUCCCCUGAGAUUAUAAUGUUUAUAUUUGUUUCUAUAAAAUCAUGAGUUUGGGAUUGUUUAAAUUAUUUGUAAAUUAAUAAAAACAUUGUAGUUUUAAACUUAUUUACAAUUGUAGGUCAUAUUAAUUGAUAUACAUAAGUUAAAAUUAAAAUUAUCAGAUAUUUUUAAUUAAUUAUUACCAAUUAAAAUUGUAAUCUGACAAUUAAAUUGAUUAUGAUUUGUAUUAGUGAAAUUGUUUUUAUUUAAUUGUUGUGAUUUUGUGAUUGAGAAUUUAUAUGUGUGUUUUAAUUUAAUUUAUAUAUAGUUGUACAUUUUAAUAUAACAGUGAAAUUUCUAUUUAUGCACCUAUUAUUAUUAUUAUUGAUUUUAAAUUUCCAUAGGUGACUGUUAUUAUUCAAUGUUUUAUUUUAUUAAAAUAACAAUAUUCUAUUAUUAUUUUUAUAAUUUAUAUUUAAAAGUGCUCUUAUUUGCCCUCUACCAAAACAAUAUUUUCAGGAAGAUAAUUAUUUUAAUGAAUUAUAAUAUAAAUAAUUUAUUAUAAUUUUCAGAAAACAUGGCAAAUUGAUAUCAUUUUUUCGAUCAUUUAUAUUAUCAAGGCCAACUCGAAGAACAUUAAAACAGUCUGGAAUCCUAAAAGAAAGAGUUUUUGGUUGUGAUUUAGGCGAACAUCUUCUAAAUACUGGAAGAGAUUGUUCGUAAAUUACAUAAUAAUAAUAUUGAAUGUAGUAAUAUUUAAUUAUAUAAGGUUUUCAAUUUCUAUAUAAACCAAUAAAGAAUAGUUUCACUAUUAAGAUCAACUAGAGCAAUUGGAAACAAAAUUUAAAAAUUCUUUAAAUUUUAUAUUAUUUUACUUUUGUUUGUGUCUUUCUCUAAUAUCUCCUAAAUUGAAUGCUUCUAUUGAAGGUAUAUUUUCACUUCUAACUUACAAUACACUAUUUUACAUCUAAUUUACAUGAAAAUGCCAUUUUUUAUAUGUCCUGUGAAAUAAUUUUAAUGUCAUUUAUUAGGACAAAUUCAUAUAUAUAUAUACAUGUGGUAAAUGAAAAUGAAUUGUAAAAUUUGUGUUUUCAAGUUACAUUUUUUUAACAUAACUUCAAAAUAUCAAUUUUAUUAUCAAAACAUAUGCUAGAGCAAUGGUAUAUUAUAGUAUACAAUAUACAAUGGUUUAAUAUGUAUUAUUUGUGCGCCUUAAUUUUAAAAUAACAUCGCUUUCAAUUAUCCCAUUUGACCCUAUUUAAUAAGAUUAAACAUUUUAAUAACCUUGUAUAUUAUAUUUACUGUAUUUCACUCUAACUUUAAAUUUUAAAAAGAGUAAGAAUCAACUAUUUUUAAAUUCCAAUAUGAAUCAUUAUUUGUACCUUACUAAUUAAGCUUUAUAUUUAUAUUAUAGUACCCGAUGUAUUAACUAGUUGUGCAGAAUUCAUUGAAAAUUUUGGAAUAGUCGAUGGUAUUUAUAGACUCUCAGGUGUUACAUCAAAUAUUCAAAGAUUAAGGUUUGUAUCAUAUAUACAUUUUUUUUUUUUUAAAUUCAGUGAAUGACAGAAAUAAUAGUUUUAGUAUUUUUCUUUUAUUUUGGCUUAUUAACAUCCAUUACCAGUUAAGCCAACAAUUUAGUAAAAAUAAAUUAUAUUGUUUGUAUUGUAUGUAUUAGAUCAACAUUUGAUGAGGAUCGAGUACCAGCAUUGUGGGAAGAUGAAUCAAUAAGACAGGACAUACAUAGUGUAGCUUCAUUGUUAAAAUUAUAUUUUAGAGAAUUACCAAAUCCAUUAUGUACUUAUCAAUUAUAUGAUUCAUUUGUAAACGCGGUACAAUCGGUACCUGAGAAAACUACUGAAGUUAGAUUGCAGCUUAUGCGAGAAGCAGUUCAAAAGUUACCCCCACCUCAUUUUAGGUACGUUAAUAUAAUUAUUAGGACAGUUAAAGAAAAUAUUACAAUAACAUUUGCCAUCUUAGUUUGUCUAAUGGGUAAUAUAACAAAAAUGUAUUUUUGAAGUUGCAAUGGUACUUUGGCUCCAAUAGAUUUAAAAUAAUAUUCACCAAAUUAAACAUAGUAAUAUUUAUGAUAUUUGUAUAUAGAUUUUUUAAUAGUAUAGUGGUCGUCGCUUAUUGGACUCUCGUUAAUUGACUUAUGUGCCUAUUAGAUUCAGAACAGAUGAUCCCGUAUACUAACAAACAGCAAACAAUUUUUCCAUUAAACUCACUACUACAUCGGUUAAUGAGGUCAUUUGAAAAUUAGAAAAAUAAAUAAAAUAUAGAAGAAAUGUAAAACCGAUAUUAUCUGCUAGACAUUUUGCCCUUACUGUGAAAAUUAAAUUAAAUUACCUUUUCACAAUAAACUAAGCAAUCGUCAAUAUUACUAAUAUAUGUUGUAUAUGAAUAAACAUUGUCGUGUUCAGCAUAUGCUGUGUAAACGUGUUUGAAUUUUAAUUUUUUUCUUUUCAUUUUGUUUGUGAUUUAUAUCAAAAAUUAAUUAGGUAAAUAAUAUUUAUUAUAUUUACUAUGUAUGUACUUUAUUUUUAAUCAAUAAUAAUAAAAAAUUUUAAACAAAUAACUUUUUCUAUUUAAUAUGAUAUGUUAGAAACAUAAGUUUAUUGUUAUAUAUUUUAUUACAUGAUAGUUAAAAUCAAAAUAUUUUUCAUUUUUUAGAAAAGAAUAUGUGUAUUUCUUUUUUAUUAUUAUUUGGUUAAUGGACUAAAAUUAGUCUUAUGAGGGGUAGCAACUAUACUGUAUUAUUAAGUUUUAUAGUAUUUAAAAAAAAAAAAAAUAGAUAAAUUAAAUUUUGAAUUAAAAAUAAUUUUUUGGGGAAUGAGAUAUAAACAAAUCAUACAAAAUGUAUUUGAUUUGAUGGCAUACUUUUUUUAAAAUUAAUUUGAACCAAGGUAUUGUUAGAACUCGGAAAACUAAUUUUUGCUCUAUUACCUGUUAGAAAGGUAGCAAAUGUUACUUUGGCGCCCUAAUAAAGUGAUCUUGAAUUUGAAAUGAUAAUUUUUUUUUUUUAUCAUCAGGACAUUGGAAUAUUUGAUGAAACAUUUAUCACGUGUAGCUGCUCUUGGUGAACAAACAGGCAUGACAGCAAGGAAUGUUGCAAUUGUUUGGGCACCAAACUUGUUAAGAAGUAAACAAUUAGAAAAUGGAAGUGGUGUUGCUGCUUUACACGGUGUGGGUAUUCAAGCAGUAGUCACUGAAUUUUUAAUUCGAUAUACAGAUUAUAUUUUUAGCCCUAUUCCUAGUGUUGGAGCAAAAUUACCACCUACUAAAGGUUUAAAGUCUAUAUUAAUUAAUAUUUCUUAAAGUUAAAUUUUACCAUAAUAAUUUUUUUUAGGUACUCCUAAAAAAUCUAGACCUAAGUCUUUGGCAAUAUCUACUCAGACAAAACUUUUAACUCUUGAGGAAGCCCAAAAUCGUGUUUUUACUUCUUCAAAAAAAACUGAUCCUAAUUAUAUAGAAGUUGGUAAGUUAUUAGUACAAUAAUAUUUAACAUAACCAUGUUCACUUAAUACUUUUGUUCAUGUUUAAAAUUGUAGGCGGUGGACCUUCUUGUUUGCCUGAAAAAUAUCACACGGUUAUUGAAUUACCAUCUAGAAGAUGUAAUCCAAACAAAAGGCGUUCCCCGUUAAGAUGGAAAUCUAUAUUUACUCGUGGUGGAAGUAGUAUUUCACUUGGAGCUACACCUCUUCGUAAAAAUUCUGAACCAAAUCUUAUGCCUCCUCAGAAAAUGGUGAAAUUUUUAUUAAUAUAAUUAAUAACAAAUAUUUUAUUCUAUUGUGUAUACAUAUAUAUAUAUAUAUAUUAAUUUUAAUGUAAAACAUUUUAAAUUUUAUUUUAUGUAAUAACAUAAAUAUACUUAUUAUUAGGACUCAAAAGAAUGUGUGUACCAAAGUAUAACUGAAUGUAUUCAAGACACACCAAAGGCAUCUAAAUUAGUUAGUGAAACAGUGUCACUGAAAGAAAGAAAUGAGACACCUGCGUGUUCUCCUCCUCGUCUAUGUAGUUCGAUUGGUCAUAAUCGAUCCAUUUCACAUGAUUCAUAUUUUGAUCAACUUGCUGAUCAAGAAGAUCUGGGAACAUCACCUAUUCUUCAUCCAAGUCAAGAAGGUACAAAAUUAUGCAUAUUAUUUUAUUACUUUAUUGGUUAUGGGUAAUUAGUAGCUAUAGUCAAAUAUUAAAAUGUUUAAUAUUGUAUUAAUGUAUUAAUAUUUUGUUUAGAUUUAAGUGAUUUGCAAGUUAAUUUUGAUUUAGAUAACUCUGAUAUGAGAGUAUUUUCUGACGAAGAUACAAAUAAUAUAUUUAGUAACCGAUCAAGUAUGGAACAUAUUCAAUCUGUAACUAAUAAUGUAAGUUGCAUUUUUCAAUUAUUAAAUAGUUUACUUUUAUACUGUACAAUUAAAGCAAUUAAUCCACUGCAGUUUCCACAAUUACUAGCCGUUUUUUGUGUCUGAGACUUUAACCUUUUAAAAUAAUACAAGUACAAUAGUUUUGUUAUUAAACCUAAACUUAAAUUAUUAAAUGUUGAUAAUAUGUAAGAUUUAACACAACAAGAAAUUUGUAUUUAUUACUUAUUCAUUUUUUUCAUAAAUUAUUAAAUGUUUUAAAUUAUUUAAUAUAAUCAUUAAGUUCUGAGUUUUUAUCAUAGUAGAAUUUAUGUUUUAAAUCUGUUUUAAUUAAAUCAAUGUUACUGUGUUUAUAAUUUUUAUUUUUUAUUUUUUAGUUAAAUAGUAGUGCUAAACGGUUACCAAUAAUAACACACAUAGAAGAUUCAAUUAGUGCAGAUCCAUCACCCAAGAAAAAAAAAACAACUGAUUCCAAUAAAGAUAAUGACCAUUCAAAGAACAAUAGAUUAUCAUAUUUAGAGGAACGAUUUGCUUCACCUGAUAUUCGCUUCAUUGAUAGUCAAUCUCCAGAACAUGUAAUUAUUUUGAUCUUUUAAUCUUAUUAAUUUAUUCAAAUGUAUAAAAUAAUUUUUCUUUAGAUGACUGUUGCUGCAGACAUACUUACAGAGUGUGAUCAAAUUAUGACAGAUGUUGACAGUAAUGAAAUGGGUACUGGCUCAUUGUCUACUAUUACUACACCUACACAUUCAUACUUUCCAUUAUCAGAAGAUAGUUAUAGUGAUCGAAACACUACACCUGGUUAUCAAACAAUUGGAAUUGAUUUUACUGUAUCGCCUGAUUUUUUUACUAAAAACCUUCUUAGUACACCUCGAAAUAGACUAAGCUAUCAAGGUGAUAUAAUAAAUAAAAGUUUAUCCUAUGACCGACGUAGUUUUCAAGAAAUCAAAGUAAAAAAUAUACAAGAUAAUUGCCAGUGUGAAUCUUUUAGCAACAAAAUAAUAGGAGAGAAAGUGAAAUCAGAUAUUUCAGUUUUAACUGAGUCCCAUAGCGGUUCACCAAAAAAAGAUGAAUGUAUUUAUGAAAUUAUUGUAGGUAAUAAUUAUGAACGUUUGAGUCAUAAAAAUUCAAUCUUUCACCAAGAAGAUUCUAGUUAUGAGGAAGUGAUUCCAUCAUGUAAGAGUUCUAAUGAUUCAUUAGAAAAUUUAAAUUUUGAGACAGAAAAAUCUGUUGAAAAUAUUCAUUAUGAAACUUUAGUUGUUACUAGUCCUGAUUCUUGUAAUUCUAGUCAACAUGAAAUGUCAGUUUCUCCACAGGUACUUGACAUUUAUUAAUAAUAUUGUGUAAUGUAUUUUUAAUUGAAACUUUAAUGCAUUUAAAUAUAUUUUUUCUUAUGUUUAGGAUAAUUUAGAGUAUGAAAAUGUAAAAAACAAAAAGACAUCUGAAAUUCUAAGCAAUCAAACAAUUUCAGACAAUAUAGAUUAUUUAAUUUCUCCUGAAAAUGAAGAUACUGAAAUGUUAAUACAAGAUAAAUUUAAAACAAUUACCUUACCAACUGAAAAUUAUGAACCUAUUAAGCACUCUGAAAAAAUAAUUAAUGAAAAAAAUGGUGCAAAUAUUUUGGUGAUUUCUACUGAAGAUAAUAUUGAAAGUAAAGUGGACUUAUUUUUAGACUCUAGUCGACGUAAAUUUGAAUCAGAAAUUGGAAGAGAUAUUGUACAUGAAAGACGUAUGAGGAAAGAAUUGAUGGAAAAUUCAAGUUCUACUGGUAAAUAACAUUUAUUAUUAUUAUUAAUGUAAAAUUAGCUUUUUAAUCUUUUAAAUAGUGAUUCAGUAUUAGUAUUAAACUAAAAAUAAAUAAAAACAUGCCUCCUCCCCUCAGUAUGAUUCCUAUUUCCACCCUUGCCUCUAUCAAUCAACUAUUGAUGCUCAGUAAUUUCUUGCUCGUGACCACCAAGAUAGUACAUCAAUAGUACAAAUUGAAUUUUUGUAUCAAAAAUACUAACAAUUUUGUGUAAGCCACAUUUUUCAACGUUAAAUUUCAGAAACCUGAUUUGAAGGUGCACUCGAUCCAUUUAUAUUCUUCUGUAUAUUAUAUAUUUUCAGACUUCAUUGUGCGAUAAUUUAGCAUAAUGCACACAUCACACACAGACAGAUUUUUCUUUUUAUUAAUAUAGAUAAAUUCAGUUAUUAAUUUUGGUCCCAAUAUUUAAUAUACAUAGUAACAUUGAUUAUAAAUACCAUUUUAUAUUAAUUUUAUUUAUAAUCAAUGAUAGUAAGUACCAUACAAAAUGUUCAAUUAUAUAACUAAGUCAAUAUAUUCAAUUUAUUUAUUUAAAGAUAAAUUUACUACAACCUGUUAAUUUAAAUUUUUUAAUUUAAGUGAAUAAUAUAAUAUUACUUGCUAUUUUAUUUAUCUUGAUUUAUCACCAUCUCUUCAAAUAUUUAAUAUAUUUUCUUGUAUGAUUUUUUUUUUAUUAGAAAAGGUAAAUAUACAACCUGUAAUUUGUUUCUUACACUAAAACUUGUUCAUAUAUAUAUGUACAAGUUAUAGUGACUUGAGUAAAGGGGAUUCCUAGUAACAUUAUUUCAGUGGGGAUUUAAUAUAUUAAAACUCAGAUUUAAUAUCUGAGUUAUUAUAUUUAUUUGUUUUUGUGAUUAAACUUAAAAUAUCAAAUUAACACUUCCCGUACUAUUCUCAAGUGUAUUAACACCAAAAUAUAAAUUAUAAUUGGCAAUUAUUUUAUAGAUUAUUUGUGAAAAUUAAAUUUAAAAUAAUGGCAUAUUAGUAAUAUGUAUUAGGGAUUCUGCUUUUAUAAUUACUGUUAUUCUUUUAAAUUUAUUAUUGAGAUAAUUUUUAGGAAAUAAGGAAAAUUCAACACUUGUUCAACAAGAACCAUCAAUUAAACUUGAUUCUACUAAAUCUUCUAAAAACAGUUCUACUUGGAUAAAAAACCGACGCAUGCGUAAUAAUUGUCAACAUGUUACGACUACAGUUUCAUUAGAUGCCUUUAAUUUUCCAACUGAUAGUCAAAAUUUGGAACGUGUAAAAACAUCUCCAAAUCUUAUAUUUUCAAAUGCUAGUAGUAGUCAAAAAUCUGAAGUAUCUAUUGAUAUAGAUGUUACUAGACGUGAACGCAUUGAUCGCUAUAAAGAAGAACGUCGGUUAGCUCUUCGCGAACGCUAUAAAAUAUCUGAAAGUGUUCUAUAUGAUGAUGAAAUAAUUAAAAGAUUAAGAGCUAAAUCUUUAAAAUCUCCAGAUGAAUGCACUGAUUUUAAUAUUACUUCUACCAGACAGCCAAAACAUUUCGUAAAGAUAACUACUUAUGAUGAACGUGUUAAUGUAUUAGAUGAUUCUAAACAAAAAGAAUGGUAUACACGAAGUUUAGAACGUAAAAACUGUGCUAAAAAAGAAACUAAAGGUUUAGUUGCAUCAAGAGUUAAUCAGUUAAUUGGGUGUACAAAUUCUUCAGAUGUAAUUAACAACCAAAAUACAUCCAAAACAAUAAAUAAACAAUCUUCUAAGUAAAUACUAUUUACAAAUCAUUAAUUAAACUUAAGUGUUAUGUACAUAACAAUUAAUAUGAUGAUAUAUUUUUUUUACAGUUCAGUUCGACAGCGAGCGUACAGUACUAGUGAUGGACCAUCUCAAUUCUGUAUUAAAGAUAUGGCAGCAAUCUUUGAACAAAAACAGUAAUAUUAUAAAUUAUUAAUAUAUUUAAUUAGUCUAAUUCUUAAUUACUUAUCAUAACUUGUCAUUAC